AUGGGCGACGCCGUGUGGACUUCGCUGGCCUUUGGCAGGAGACCUUGGCCCAUGUUCGCGUUCGAGAGCGAAUACGCGGGGGGUGUGGCGAACAGCCUUGAGCCGUGCCCCAAGUGCCCACAGUCAAAUUUCCUCAAGGGUGUGAAAUGGACCCCAGAUGGCUCCUGCUUGAUGACGGCCAGCGAAGACAAAUGGCUGCGCUUUUACUCCCUUCCCCAAGACAUGGAUCACGAGUUGUCGCAUGAGGCGGAAGAAAGCACCUGCGCAAUGGACCCCUAUAGCCCAUUUCUGCGGAUCUUCGAGGGUGAGAUCAUCUAUGACUAUGCAUGGUACCCAGCCAUGGUCGCCACAGAGCCCGUGUCUUGCUGCUGUGCCUCAACAUCCAGGGCUCACCCCAUUCACCUUUGGGACUGUCUGACUGGAGCCCUGAGGGCGACCUACCGCUCUUAUGACAACGUUGACGAAAUCACAGCAGCGCUGUCAGUGGCCUUCCAGCAAGAUGGAAGGAAACUGUAUGCCGGAUUCGACAAAACCAUAAGGGUGUUCGACACAGUGCGACCUGGCAGGGACAGCCAGUGCGUGGCAACAUUCAGGAAAGCGAGCGAUGGGCAAAGAGGCAUCAUUUCGUGCUUCGCAUUUCCCCCUGGCAGCCAGAGUGGAUUCUUUGUGGCCGGCUCAUACUUCGGAACUGUGGGCAUCUACGGCCACGAUACCUGCGGCUUGGAGUGCCUCCUCGAGGGGCACACUGGUGGCGUAACGCAGGUGCAGUUCUCCAGGGAUGGCAACUACCUGUAUUCCAGCGCUCGCAAGGACGGUUCGAUCCAUUGCUGGGAUGUCAGGUUCACACAGCAGGUGGUGUACUCGAUGACGCGGCGCACGCCAGACACGCAACAGAGGAUUCAGUUCGACAUCGAGCCCUGCGGCCGGCACCUGGCCACAGGGGGCCAGGAUGGGCGUGUGCUGGUGUUCGACCUGACAACGGGAACUCUCGUGCACGAAUUUGAAGCCGCGGCAGACACAGUCAAUGGCUUCAUGUUCCAUCCGUCUCUACCCAUGGCCGCGACUGCAUCAGGUCAUCGGAAAUUUGUAUCCUCCAAGACGUCGCCAGACACUGAGGGCGCCGUGUCUCCAUGCAGCGGUGCCCGUUCGUGGCCACUGGAGAAUGCUCUCACCAUGUGGGGCCUCGACAGCCAAACGCUUGUGGUCCCCGCACCACAAGAGGGUCCCACCACGCCAGAAGUCGAUGCCAGGUCAGGUUGA